AUGCUCGCAAUGUUGCUGUUCAGAUUGCUUCGCUCGACGCCUGAGCAGAGUUCGUUGGCAGCUUGUGGCUAUGAUCAUUAUCGGAGGGUGCUUGCUCGGCUCAGUGCUUUGUUGGGCGUGCAUUACUCUCCUCACUCGUGCAGGGCAGGCUUCGCCACGGAGGCCAUCCUCAGAGGGGACACGCCGCAGCUUGUUCAAAGGCGCGGGCGCUGGGCUUCCGAAGCAAGUUUCCUUGUGUACAUUGACGUGGCCACGGCUCUGCAAGUGGAGGCCGAGUUUCGCAGCAGGGCCCUGGACACGGCCAUUGCCACAGCCGGUCGUGCCCGCCCCGCCGGGCGACGGCCCAAGAUCGACGGCACCUCCGUGCUCUCUCGAGAAGCUCGCGCUCAUCUUGGCUCGGUCGGUGGUUCGGCUGUUGCGGGCGGCGCCGGCCUGAGUGAGGGCUCAAGAAGGGGGCAGCAGCGCAGGAAGCCCGUCACUUGGUGCAGUUGGCUCUGGAAGUCUGGCGGUAAAGCUUUGAAGCGGAUGCGAGCGCUGCUUCUUUGGUGCUGUGUGGCCUACGUGCUGGCAGCGGGGCCUCUGCGUGAGAUGCUUGCGCCUAUCCAACGCCUGUUGGCGUCCACUGCGAGCGUUGGAGAGAGUGCGGCUGGGGCACUCUCGUCCAUCCUGGAUGGUGGCACUCAGUUGGUGACGGCCUCUACGAGUGCAGUUCGUGCAGCUUCUUUCAACACCUUGGGUGUGGCGCAUGCCGCUUGGAUUGGUGUGGACCUUGUGGAUAUGAACGCCACCAAGAUUGUCGGGCGCGUGAUGGGCGACGACACUUUUCGCCUGCCGGUGGUUGCUGCAGAGACCGAGGCUCUGGUGGCGUCAGGUGACUACUGGGUGGCCUCUGGGGUCGUGUCGUACGCCUCUUCAGGCCUUGUGGUCUUCGAGUUUCGCCUUCUACGCAUGGUUUUCUCGCCUCGCUGGGCCAACCCCGUGUGGCAACUGGCAGGUUGGAAUGCGGCGGAUGAAUAUGAACAGGUUCUUCGCAUCGCUCGCGACUUUGCCAUCACCGUGCCCGCCGUUAACAGUACAUGGGAUCAUAUUUUGGCCCCCCCGCCCUCCGCUACGUUUUGGGGCGCUCUGCUCGGUUUGCUUCGCCGCGCUUGCUUCGCUUUGCUGGCGCCGCUCCGCUCUUGGUGGCGCUUUUUCGCGUCCAUGUGGGCGUAUGGGACCAUGCAUCCGCUGGCAUUGGGUGUAAUGGCUUUGGGGUUUGCAGGUCUAGGGCGCUGCUUGUGGAGCUAUGCGCGCUGUGUGGGCCUGCCAGCCGGGAGACACAACGACUGGGCUCGCUUUACAGAGCUUGUG